AUGGACGUUCCCAAUGCUCGCCUGUGUGCAAUGUCGGACGAAGGCAGCAGUGCACGAGCAAGGGCGACUCCGCCGCUUGCCAGCGGGCAACAAGGAUUGAGCGGAAAGAAGGGAGACUCUCUCUUCUCGACUCUUCCACACAGCGAAGCAGCCGCCAUGGCUCUUCGGGAGAGGGACCUGAAAGGCAGAGCGGAGCGCCCAAACGGAGAAAAGGAAGGCGCGGAGGCAGGCCAAGCGCAGAGUCACUUUUUGCAUCAUCCCGGUUCCGCAGCUUGCGUGCGUGCAGAGUCGCGUCUCCAGUCAUCUGGACGUGGCGCUGGCGAGGGUGCGGGCGAGCUUGCUGAGGGCGGACUCCAGACCUCGGUCUCCGUCUCGGUGCUCGGUUCUUCCGGCGAUCUGCGGAGAGCAGAAAUCGGAAGCGAAUUGCCUGCGCCGGAUGCAGAAUCCGUCAAUGGGGAGAAGAGGGAAGCGCGGACGGGAAAGGUCGCUGCCUCGGGCGGGACCGUGGACAGGCCAUGCGCCUCGUCUCUUCGCGUACUUGUUCAAAAGGGUCUUCUCGAAGCGAGCCUCACUGUGCGACAGGGAGUUCACAGCGCCGCAUGGGAGCCGAGCAGCCAAGAGCAAGAGAGAGAAGGGAAAGAGAAGGAAAAAAUAGAGGGGAACUGGGCUGACGGACCCGCUGCAAACGACAGGGUCAAGGUGCAUCGCGACCGAGGCUGCGUGGAAGCAGACGAUAGAGAUGACGAUCGAAGGACGGGAGAGGAUGGUCUAGCGACGUCGCCUUCCUUCCCACCCUCGAAAACGUGCGAUAGCGUGUGUACGCGAGGGCGGAAAGCAGGCUCAGUGAUGCUCUGCUUCUCGGAUGAUGGCGGGGAGCCCCUCCCCGCCGAAGAGGGUUUCGCCUGCGCAUCCGCUUCCUCUCCUUCGUCGUCGCUAGCGUCCUCGUCGCCAUCUUGCAGUCUCGUCUCUCUGUGUUCAUCCGGGUCCUCUCCCAUGCCGACAUCGGAGAGUUCCUCGUCGCCCUCGUUCACCUGCUUGCCGUCUCCCUUUCCUGCGUCCUCUCCCUCUGCUGCGGCCGAUCGGUCGGCGUCGCCGGCAGGCGCCGCCAUUCCGCUUUCGUUCUCUCCUUCUUCGUCUUCGCUUGCCGCUGCUGCAGCGUCCUCCAGAGUAUCGACCGCGUCUCCUCACUCGUGCGCUGGCCUCGACGCGGGAGACAACACGCUGGCCUCCGCACAAAAUGCGGUAGAAGAGCCGGUGGCGCGCCGCACGCGGAGAGCGAGGGCUUCAAGCCUCUCCGCGUCGCCCUCGUCGUCGUCUUCGCCGUCUAGCGCGUCGCAGCUCUCCGUUGCGCCGUCGGCGUCGGACUCUUGUUCCACGUCUCCGUCCUUUGCUGCGGCGCUCUGCGGCCCGACAAAGCGAGGGAUGCGCGACAGGCGCAGCAGCCGUCUCCCUCUGGGCUCUGACGAGGGGGAGGGCGGUGAGGCCGGAGAAGAGAACGAAAGGGCCUUCAGAGCCCAAGCGGCCGGUGUGAGCGCGUUUGACGAGCCGUCGGAGCCUCCAUCGCAGUGGGAUCAGAUCAUUCAAUGCAGACGCCGUGAGGCUCUGGAGAGAGAGAGCGGCCGAAAGGCCUUCGGCGAGUUUCCUCUCGCCUCACGCCUGCUGCGCCAGCCCCCGGGGUCCUCCACACUUCCGCUAGUCGCCCUGUGGUCGCUCUGCGAUGCGCUGGCGAGAAAGGAAACAAGCGACGGGGGGGACGUGGACUGCGUGGUGUCGUGGAAGGAGGAGAACAUGACGAGAGGGGGUGACGAAGAUAUGCGAGCUGCCUCGGUCUUUUUGGCGAAAUCGAACCCUAGGGCAGGAGAAGGCGGCUGGGCGGCGGAGGGGAGAGCUUCAACAGGCGACCCUCGAGCUGCGUCGCCCUCAAGCGACGUGAGAGGCGCUUUGUGCGGGCGGGGGCCUCGCAGGCCUGAGGGGCAAGAUGCAUGCAGAGAGGCCGAAGGUGAAGCACGCGGAACGGCUUCGGCAAGAGAUGCAAACCCGAGUCCCGACGUCAACGGAUCCGAGGGAAGAGGGGACAGCGGCGCCGACCUCGCUCCUAAAGACGCUAUCCAGCUCCACGUGGAGCCAAGAGAAAGCGGGCAAGGUGUGGGAGAGAGGCGGAGUGAGCAGACAGACGCAGGAGCGCGGGAUGUGGAGGAGGAGCGUGAGCGGCACAGCGUCCAAGAGGCGGGGGGCUCCAGCUCUUCGAUUAAUAUUGUACUCCCUGCUGAUGAGCCAUGCCCUGAAUCUAUAGUUGAUCACGACAUUGGCGCACACGCGCCUGCAGACCCCAGAGAUCUCCUGAGUCUCCCGUGCCCUUUCAUCGGAAGCGAAGAAUGUCUCCCUUCGUCCCCGGCUCUAACGCAGAUCCGCGCAGACGGUCCCGGGUCUCCUUCCUGUUCUUCUGCACGUCCGCUCGCUUCGCCACCUGCUUCGUCCCUCCGCACAGCUUCAUCUGCGUCUCCUGACUCGGCUGCGUCCGCUUCUUCGCUUUCUCUGGAAGAUGCCCUGAAGAUGGGGGUGUUCCUCGCGGGCUCUUGGCCUGCGUCUGCGAGGCCGAGAGCGGACGAAAACGGCGGAGGUUGGCCUCUUGGACCGUUCCGCUCGGGUGAGACCUCUGCGCAUGUCCUCAGCGGCGACGACACACGCAGCGGAAGGCGAGAGGACUCCCCAGCGACGGCGUCGCCUUCAGAAGCUCUGCGGCACAGUCAAAUCUCGCUCCAGCUCGCUUUGAUCCGCACUCUCCUAUCUCGUGAGUUCGCUCGGCGGCCCAGACUGUCUUCCUGGCUCCACGAAGGCUCCAGUUCUUCGCGUGCGACGGAGGCUGGGUCGUCGCUUGGAGUUUCUGCCGGCGCCGGCGAUUCAUCAGCGCCGGCGCUCGAGGCCAGGCGUGUACGCCUUCUGCGGGCAGCUGACUGCUGCGCUCGGGAUGAGCGCCAUCGCCGCGGAGGCGUGCAGAUCGGGGAGACGGAAUUACCUGACCCCAAAAGGCGCCGGACGACAGCAAGUGACAACAAAGCAGCAACCGACGCAGACAAGGAUAGUAAGGGCGAAGAGCGGGAAUGCACAGCCGGACCACCCCAGGCGAAAGAGGCCGGUGACGCGGGACAGGCGAGCGACGGCGGCGAGGAGGAGGACAGGCUUGCGCAGCAGAAGGACACGCGCUGCAGAGGAGCGGGAGAGGAUCCACAUACAGCCUCCAAACAUGGCUGCACUCCUCCACUGGAGGAAAGCGAUGUAGAGCUGCGGGCGUCGUCGUGCUGCGAGACGCACGCGAACACACACCUUCGAGAGAGACUGGAGCGACUGAGAGCGGGGCAGGCGGAAGCAGAUCGCGCCGUGGCCUUGGCAAGCAUCAAGUUCCUCCGGGAGAGGAUCGACGAGGCCCUCUAUCGCAUGGAGCUCGCCUCGUCGUUAAACGCUGCUGUGAGGAAGAGCGAACUGAAACGAAGACCAGGUACCGGCUCGAAAGACGGUGGCGACGCCUCCGAGGCUGCUAAUGAAGGCGCCGCCAGGGCAGAGGGAGAGGACGAAGGAAGGGCGGCUCAGGAUAGAGGAGAGAGCGAGCCAGGGGCACCACAAGGAAGUCACCUCCGCCCACGGACACAAGAGGAGGGCGUCAACACUCCAGCCCCUGCGAACUCCCCAGUCAAAGAGGAAAUACGCGAAAGCGGAGGACCUGGAGAGAGGAGCGAGCAGUUCACGCAAGGCGGCCGGAGCCCAGCCGAGAAGCGAGCCGGCAGCGAACAGUUAGACAUGCCGGAUGCUGAGGGAAAAGGACACUCGACGGAGAGAGGACCCGGAGACGAGGCAGACCUGAAAGAACAAGAGGAAAACGGGAGCAGGGAGGUCUGCAGGUCGACAGCAGCACGUGGGACUGGCAGUCUGCCGAUAGCGGAGGCGAUGGGCGCGUCAAGCGACAGCCGAGAAGCCCAGAAAAGUGCUCGCGCCGAGGAGGGCUCGCCGCUACCUCCCUGUGCGUCUUCGCCUUCGUCUCAGCCGACUCUGCUUCUGUCGCGUUCGCCGUCGCCGUUGGAGCAUCGCGCAUCCUGCGCGUCGUCGCCUGUGGAGAGGGGCGGAGGACGCGAAGGCCGUGAGGACUCGAGCGAGACGAGCCAGCAGCCGCCUCCCUGUGACGCGCUGGCGGAGGGACAGAGGCGCGCCUGCGUCGCGCGGGAGGCCGCGAAAUUGCAUGACCUCCUAACGCAUGGAAUGCACUCGCGACUCAUGCGUCUGUCGAUGCUGCGCGAGGCGCUGAGUGAUGUGUCGCUCCUCAUGGAGGACCUGCGGGCCGAAUUUCCGCGUGUCUACCGCCAGAGCUUGCGGCGCUUCUUAGCGAAGGACAGAGGUAGAGUGACAUUCACGCGUCAGCCGCCCACGCUGGAAGACGCCGCACGGAACUUCGGCGACAUGUGCCGCGACGCCGAUGCGCGCCAUCUUCCUGAGAGUGCAGGCAAACGAGAGACGACGAGGGGCGACCUGACGAAACCCGAAGACGAGCAGCAGCCUCUAGGGGACCUGAAUGCCGCUGAGGGCAGACCCGCGCGGGGGCGGCGCCGGACCCCCCAGCGGCCUUCCUCCCCCGCGGCGUCUGACUUGCCGUCGCGCCUCCGAUCGGCUUCCUCCACUUCGUCUUCGUGUUCAACGGCCGCGUCCGUGUCCUGCGGCGCCCCCUUGCCUUCUGCCUCGUCUUCUGCGGCUUCAUCUCUUCCCUCGUCUCCAGCUUCUUUGCCGGGCUCUGGGGCGGCGUUGGCAUCCUCCGUCAAGUCUGGGGGUCCCUUCUUGCCCUCCGCGGUUGUGCGACCCGCCGUCGCCGAGCGCGUGAGGCGCUGCACUGACUUCACGCCUGGGAAAGCCCUCUCUGACUGGCUGAGCCGCCACCCGUCUCCUCGCCUUCCCUCUUCCACUUCUUCUGGUGAUUCGUCGUCUGGUCUGGCGUCUGCGGCGGCCGCAGAGCCUCUCUCUGCCGUCGACGCUGCGUCGGCUGCCUCCUCAGUGUCUCGCGCUGGGGAUGCUUCUCCUGCCCCUGUCUCUAACUCUGCUUCACCUGUGUCUCCUUCACCGUUUGCUUGUUCGACUUUUUCUUCGUCUUCUUCUUCGCUCGCCUCUCCUUCUCUUCGUCUCCCGCGCCCGUCGCUGCUGAGCUGGGAAGACUGGCUGGACGACCCGCUGAACGGUCCGCGCGCGAAGACGGAUGCGCCGCGCGUCGAGAGCAUGAUGCGGGCCUACCACGCGUCUCUCUUGGAGGAAACGCGCGAAGCCGCGUUCCACGUGCUAGCGACAGACGCGCCGCACGUGACGCUGUCUCCUCCCGGCCGAGCCUCAGACCCUGCUUCCCGCCGCCUGCGCACGAACGCCUCCUCGACGCUCGCGGCGACCUGCUCUUCGUCUGCAGCGUCCUCAGGGCCGCCUGGACAGGUGACCGCGUCCCGAGGCGGCGCUCCGUUUGGCGCUCCCUCGCUUCCGCCCCCCACGCGUCUCGCCUCUUCACCCUCCGGCGCCGCCAGCCGGUGGCAGCUGCCCGGCGUGCCGCCGCGCGCGCAUGCGCCAAGGAGCGACCGGUGGGUCGACACGCUUCAGACGGCCGCGGAGGAGGCGGUGCGUCGUCGCUGGGAGAAGUCGCCCGCGCCGCUGCCCUACUUCUUCGAUCCCUUCUGUCCGCCGUCGCUUCUGCCGGCGCUCAGACGCUACGACCCACCGGCGUACGCGGCCUCGUCGCUGCUCUUCACGUCGCCCUCGCUUCCCCUGUCAGGCGAGGCGUCCGCGUCGCCGUCCGCCUCUGGGGCGGUGGCGUCUCGGGCGCCGUCGCUCGCGGCGUCGGCGCCGGGCGCGCGGGAGACUGGCGACGCCUCUGCGCUGCGCGCGCACUUAUCGCGGUUUGUGCCGCGCUGGUGCCUCCAAGGCAGCGCGACGGAGGGCUCCGGGGCUGCCGAGCGGCGACUGGCGGGCUCCACGCGCGUGUCGUCCCCCCUGCAGCGACGAGAAGAGGCCAGGAACAGGAUGCGGGGCGAGAGCGCCGCGUCGCCGUCGGGCGCCGCGGCCUCCGCAGAGGCGCCGAGGAAAGCUGAUGACAUCCCUGUGGACUUGUAUGAGGGGCGCGAGAGAGUCCGCGGCGUCGCCUUCUGCCGCUCAACGAAAUACUGGAUAUGCAGCACCAUGGAAAACGGAAAACAAAAGUGCAAAUAUUUCAGCGCAAAGCAGUUCGGCUUCGAGGGUGCUCGGCGCCAAGCGAUUCUGCAGCGCCAAGCGUGGAAGAAGGAUGUGCGGCCGGGGCUGCUGGAGAUUUUGGAGGCGGAAGAGGCCGCCGCCGCGCACUCGGCUUCCUCCGCUGCGUUGUCGCCUUCGUCGUCCUCGCCCGCAUCGGCAGCCUCAGGCGCGUCUGCGUCCGCCUCUGCCUCGGCGUCGUGUUCCUCCCCCGGUUCCGCCUCGCGCCCGUUAACCUGCGAGGCGCACGCGAGCGGCGCGGGGAUGAAAUCUGAGGCGCGCAGCGCGACUGCGAGGGAUUCGAGAGCGCGCCGAGACGACGAGAAGACGUCUGCCGCAGACGGAAGCAGCGAAGGCGCCGCGGGGCGUCAACGCGAAGGCGAUGCGGAGGCGGGAGCAGCCGACGCGGCAGCGAAGAAGGCACGCCGCGACGACGAGGCUCCGCCGCAGACGCUUGCGGGCGGCGUGGGCGAGGAGGAAGAGCCGGCGCGGAAGCGGAGGCGAGAGGCCGAAGAGGCAGAGCGACCGGUGCGCGGAGUGCGCGUCUCGCCCAGAAACCAGAACAAGACCAACGAGCUGCCGCUGCGCUUGCCUCAGGCGCCGCGUCGCGAAGAAGACGCCGCAGUGGAGGCGGGAGCUCAAGAGCGAAGCCUACACACAGCUAGCCCAGUGAAGCUAGACAUCGUGGACGCUGCGUCACGCUCUCCCGUUUCGCUCUCCUCGGUGCCUCCUUCGGGGGCCUCCGUGGCUUCUCUCGCGUCAGACCCCUCCGCGUCUGCCGCCUGUAAGCCCGACAGACUUCUCCCGGUGAAAAACGAACGUGAGCCAGAUGCGUCGCUCGUGGAAGCUUCGCAAGUCGACAACUCGUAUCCGGGCGCUGCUGUCUUUGCCGUCUCUGGCUCGUCUUCUAGCCCUUUCCCGGCGCCUGAAGGCCGGGAGGCUUUGACGCUUGCCUCGCCGUCGCCGCUACCUCAGGCCGAGCCCGCGGCGAGCAGGCGGCUCAGGCGACGAAGUCCGUCCAGAGCUGAGGAAGAGCCGCCGAAGGAGACAGGAGAACCGUUCACCGAAGGGCUAGACGAGGCGGAUGAGGAUACCGAGCCAGACAAGGAGACAGGGAGGGGAGGCAGAAGAAAGCGACGACAAAGAGAAGAGAGUAGAGCCGCGAACCUCCUCAGGGCGAGCAGGCACGGUGGAAACGAAGACGCGAAAGAGUCACUGGAGUCGGCGAAGCACGAAGAGGGGCUUGGGGAGCAGGGGGAACGCGGCAGCGAGAGAACAAGAAAGGAAAAAAUCAAGCUGCGAAGCAACAGUUGUCCUCAGCGAACGGGGCUUCUUCGUGACCCAAACGAGCUGGACGAAACCACAAAAAUUCCCCCAGGAUUCGAUCUGCACAGCGACUCCGAUUUCUUCACAGAAAAUGAAGAAGACCAAGACGAGGAGCGGCGCCUGCUACAGGGUGCCUCGUCGGGCUCGUCGUCGUCCUCGACGUGCCCUACGCCGACGCUGUCGCGCUCGCUGUCGUCUCCGCUCCUGGCGUCGCCAACUCUCACGUCCUCUUCGCCUUCCUUUUCGCCGCCUUCUUCCUUCCCGCCGUCCUCGUCUGCGUCGUCUUCCUGUCUCUCUGUGUCGCCUCCAGCGUCGUGCUCGUCGCCCGCGCUUUCGUCGCCAUCUGUCGUUUCGUGUCCGUCGACCUCGGCGUCUAGGGGCGCAGCGCUCACAUUCCCACUCGAGGAGGGCGCACAGCCGUCGCCGCAGCAAGAAGAGGAGCUGGAAGACCGAGACUGCGACUCCGGAGGUCUGAAGGCUUCCGGGGCGUCAGGCGCAGACGCCGGUGCGGCGGCGGCGGCGGCGCUCUCUCAGCGGCGCGUGCGCCCAGGUGCCGCGCCCGCAUCGCUGGUCUGUGGAGAUGCCCACGGGAGCGGCCGCGCCGAGCCGACUGAGGGGAAGACGGAGGACGCUGACCGCGAGGACGACGCAGACAGGAAGGAGAAAGGGAAGUCUCUCUCCACGGCGGAAGCCCUAGUCCAGCUGAGCAGGAAAGUGACGUUCAACGUGAAAAUUCCUGGCAUCGGAUUCCACAAAGGAGUUGAGAGCUGGGUGUGCAUGUGGAAGGACGUCGAAGGAAGGUCGAUAAGUCGCUACUUCCGUUGUUCGCGCUUCGGGUUCCGGCGCAGCUACAAAAUGAGCGUCUGCACCCUGCUGCGACACGCUCCGCCUCUGGCGGCGUGGAAGGCGAUUGUGGCGCUGGAGGAGAUCAAGCGGAGGCGGCGCGAGAGUCGGCUAGCCCUCGAGAAGCCGGGCAAGGCGGCUUCGCGGAGCUUCAAGCGAACGCUGCUGCGAGCGGGCCUCGGGCUGACCGAGCGCGAUGUGCCCCCGGCCUUUCGCGAGCUGCAGAGGAAGCUCCGGGAGACGAGCUUGAGUGCCGAGGAGAGGAAGUCUGGCGACGCCCAGGGAGGCGAGGACGGCGCGCCAGAGGCCCGCGAGAAGCCCGAAGAAAGUCCCCCGCCCAGCCAGAACGCAGAGCAGCCAAGCGACCGCGCGGACGACGGCGCGCGAAGCGCCGCGGCAACAGCCGGAGGCGAGCAGCACCGCGGACGGCGGCAGGGACGGAGAGACGCGCGGGAGGAGGCAGAGGAGGACGCGGUGAAAACUCUCCCCGAGGUGGGGGGGAAGAAAGCGAGCAGGGACGAAGGGGACCGCACGAAGGAGGAUCCCAGCGCGGCAGGCGGUCUCUUGGGCGAGAGCGAGGAGGGGAAGUUCCAUGGGCACGCAGAGCCCGACGCCGCGGCUGCGAAGGAGAUGCAGGCAGCUGAUGCAGCAGAUGCGCGCGGAAGAAACGAAGAGAUCGCCGACGUACCGAGCGCCAAGCGAGGGAAGGGGGGUUCGCGGGCCGAAAGCAACAACCGCCAAAGGCAUGCUCCUGAAGCGACCAGCCCACAGGACGAGAAGGGCAAGGAAGCGUCUCGCCAGACGGACUCGAGGAGAGCGGCGGCAGCGGUGCAAGGUGCCGGUGGGGUUGAAGCGCCCCAGGCUUCUCCGUCGUGCGAUGAGACACUCCCUACACAACCGGCAGGAGCGAAGGCGGACUCGGAGCCGCGACCAGCACGGUUUCCACACGUUGAAAACGAGGGCCUAAAUGCUCACGCAGCGCGGGCGCUUGAUAGGGCGACUGCGCGGACGGAGUCGCCGCCGGCGGGCACGCCGGAGGCGGACACAGGUAAAGACCCGGGCGACGGUGGUGCGUUGGAAACAGAGGGGAGAACAAACGCCAAGGACCCCUCCUGCGAAGCGCGGACCAGAGGGCAGGGACAGGAGAAAGCAGGCGCUCACGUGGGAGCGCCUGCGGGGGAAAAGGCUGAAGGACAAGGCGCCGGGCGAGGAGCGAGAGAGUCAGGGGCGGUCGUUGAAGAUGAAGAGAAGGACUGUGCAUCGGAGGGUCGCGGGGGGGGCGAGGAGAGAGAGAAACGUUCAAGACGAGGCGCACGAGCCCGCGCCGGAGGAAACGACGAGCUUGCGAGUUGCGCGGCCGACGGACGAGGCGAAACGCAGAUGAAGGCAGAAGCCGAAGCAGCUGCGGCAUCCGGCGCGAGUGGCGUUGAAGGCCCGCUGGAGGCCGGAAGAGAGAGACAGGGCCGGCGAUCCGCCAAGCGCGACGGACUGGCGAGGAGUGAGCAGCAGCCGCCACGGGACACGGAAGAAGAGAGACUGCGGAAACGAAGAAAAGACGCUUGCUGGCUAGGGCUGCUGCAGAAGGACGAGGAGGCCGAGUUUCAGAGAGCGCUGAGGCGCGAACGCCGACGGCGCGAAGGCUCUAGCGGAACGAAGAAAGAGCCGGGCAGGCAGCGCGAACCUGCGGACAAUCAGGCGCCGACAGAAGGUGAAGAAAAACUGCGCGAGACGCAGUGCGGCCGUCGGGUAGAGGGGCAGGACGAGACAAUGCGCGAGCGACGCGACGCGAGAACUCCUCUGGAAAGAGGGAGGUCGCCUAGGGAGAGCUUGUGUGUGCCACGAGAGGACUUUGGCCAGUCUCCGUCUUCAUCCUCUUCGCCGUCUUCGCCUUCCUCCCCGUUUUCUUCUUGCUCGUCCUUUUCCUCGGUGAUUUCCUCGCCGUCCUCUUCUUCGAAGGACUCUUCUUCCUCGGCGUCUUCUCCGUUCUCCGACAGGUCAGCCAGGGCCCGCUCCCCGCCGCCUCGCUCAGCUCUGCGUGUCUCUGCGUCCGCCUCGGGCUCUCCGCCGCCAGCUGCGGGAGGAAGAAGCAGGCGGUUUCUCUGCGUCGCCGCCGCGUCAUCUUCGGCCGUGUCUGCCGCUUCUUCCUCGCCAGACGCAUCAUCGGCGCCCGACGCAUCCGCGGCCACGUGCCUGUCUACCGGCCGCCCAGCGGCCUUGCCGUCUUCUGCAUGUGUGCCUGCUCCUGCUCACGCGGCGCGCGGGGGUGCCUCGCGGCGCAGCGCGCCCGAUCCCGACGCGGGCACUUCGGUCGGCGCGUCUCCUUCUGAAGUCCUCGACGGCGCGAAUGCAGCCUCAGAAGUACGUCUUUCCAAUCGGACGCCGUCCGCGUUUUCCCUUCCCGCGGAGACUGCCUCGCCGUCGCCCGCCUCCUCGCAGAUCUAUCCGCGAACCGCGGGGGCGCCGAGAGGGGCUUCCGACGGAGACACGGUCGCGAGGGAGGAGAUUUGCGCGAGAGCCGAGGGCGCGAAGGCGCGGAGUCCGGCUGAAGAGCCGAAGCCACGAGAGGGAACGGAGACGCGAGAGAGGGAAGAUGCGGGCCGCGGAAACGACGUGGAAAAACCAGAAGAGGGACGCGACAAGACAGACAACGAAGAGAGACAAAGCGGACGCAGAUCCACGCGCACGCGACGACAGAGGCAGCCAUAG